AUGCAUUUUCCUCAGAACAAUGUUGUGUCUUCUGGCGUUAAUACAACUGAACAGAUUCGAAAUAUAUUCGCGGAAAUUCAAUCUCAGUUGCCAAGUGUUGUGUUUGAUAGUGACGAUGACGAAGAGAAAAACGAUCUGAACAAUGAUUCUGACAAAAUAGAUAAUUUCGAAGCCAAGAAUGAAAUUCAGCAGCAGUGCAUCACACAUGAUAUACUUGACAAUGAUUCUCGCUUAUUGAAUCCUUAUCCUGAUGAUCUUUUAGAAUCUUUACUGAAAAACUACGACUCAUUUUUAUCGAUUCAUCCGAGAUCAGCAAAUGAUGCAAAUCAACAAUUGCCAAGUGUUGACCUACAGACGAACGCAUCAUCGAAUAUACUACAAAAAGAUAUAUCGAACGAAAAUUCAACAGUCAACAAAUCACAAAAAACAUCUAAUCAUUCUCAAUCUCUUUCAAUGGAUCUAUUGAAAAACAUUGAUUUUGAUAAGUUAAAUAUCACAUGUGAUAGACAAAAUGAUCACGAAAUUAACUUUUCCAGGCCAGAUCCACAAGAAACUACUAUUUAUGGAACAUCAUCAUCUGAUGUUGUAUUACAGCGAUUAGUACAGCACGCUUCAAAAUUUGCCCACGAAAACACUGGAUUUAAAAAUCUUGAACGUGCACUGCGAGAAAACAAUGAACAAAAUACACGCCAAAAACGAACAAUAAUACCUGAAACUGAACGUAAAACAAUCUUCCUCGAUUUACGUCAUUUAGAAAAAGAAAAGAAAAUUAAAGAUGAAAAGAAAAUAUCCGUGUCAGUUUUUAAUCGCACUUUACAGGAAAAUCCUAUAGAAAAGCCAACACUGAAAUCUGAUAAUAAUAGUUCCGAUGAUGAUAACAAUGAUGAAGAUAAUAACAUGUUAUGGUUUGAAAAAAGACGAGCCAUGAAAAACAAACUUUCAAACUCUUGA